AUGGAAACCGCGAAGCCGAAACUGAGUAUACUUCGGCGUGUGCUUUACGGAAUUUGCGGCAUCUGCGGCCCUAAAGUCGAAGUCUCGGCUGUUGACAACUAUUACCAACCCGCGAGCCGACCUAGUACCUCCCAAAGUGGCAAAAAGAGAAGGAAACGUCCUGCAAACGUCUCAGUUCAGGGGCAAGGCGUGAGCCCGAGUCUCCAGAGUCCCAGGAGUGCGGACACUCAGUCACCGCCUAUGGGGCAAUACUACCAGAACAUUCCUCCCGUCAUGUUAGCCCCAGACAGUGGGUGGUCGGGGUCGGACCAUCAUGCUGGUACCAGUGAAAACGGUCAAAAUGGUUUUUCGAGCGCUCCACCCAAUGUGAGCGGUGGUUAUGAAAUCCAAAAUCCAGCGUAUUAUAACAUUCCCGUAGAUAAUCAUUUCGGGGAGAUCGAGAAUCCCCCAUAUGAGAUCAUCGACCAUUUGUGGAAUAAUCACACUCCUGCAAAUAAUGUCAAAUACCUUGGCAAUCGCAGCCUAAAGACGACGGAUCAAUACUUCGCCUUUUUAAGGCCGUGGAUGGCCGUCUAA